AUGUCGCUCGUUACACGCCACUUCAAAGCACUUCUGCUUCUUCUCGUACCGAUCCUCUUUGUCUCCUCCUCAGCGAGCAGUCCUACACAUGGGAAUCAGAGCCUAAGCUUUGAGGAGAACGAAUGCAAUGUCUACAUUCCGAGUAUCUACGUAUGGAACUGGCAGCCCGCCGCUGUCACAGUGGCGGAGGAUGGAGCAUCGGCUACGCCUACUGUGCCGACCAACCCAGACGGGACACAGACAGCUAUCAUCACUGUCACGACGAGUGCACGCAUGCACGACGGUACUUGGGAGGCGCUCACUAGUUUGAGUACCUUAGCUUUCCCAACCGGUCGCUACGAUAUGCCAGCAUCUUACGAGUGGUGCUCCUCAAGCGCCUGCAGCUCGAACAGCACCACGACCGUCAUGAUGCCUACCUCAGUCUUCUACCCAGCCGCAAGCUUUGCGUAUGACACUGUUCAGACGGCUACCGGCAAGGGUCUACAUUGGUCUCUGCAUCCAACAUAUGUAGUAGCGGGACCCCUUGAGGUCAGCUGGUUUCGUUCUGUCUAUUCUGAUCAGGCUCCUUUGCAGGAGUGCAAGCCGACGUCUACGAUGGGCACCAACGGUCGGCCACCGAUUGCUUUACAGCCGUAUGGUAUGAUCGGACCUACAGUCUCAACAGCGGAAGCAGUGUCAACCACAGCUCAGCCAAUACCGGCUCAUACGCUGGGCCGCAUACAUGGCUUAGCUACCCAACUCACGGAAAGUUCGGCUGCGACCCAGGCAAACGACGAAGGAGAUCGGGAAAGGCAAUCAGAGCACAUCGAGACCGCGAACCCAUCCGAGCAGACCACGAGACCCGUGCAGCACCAGUCGUACGCCGCUCACUCGACCCGGCAUCCUCCAAGCGUGACGAGCACCUCGAAACUGGAAGAGACGGUCAGGGUGUCCAGAUACAGGACUGAUCCAGCUUCUUCCUCGAAGAUAGCUACUAGUGAGACCACGGCCACUCGUCACGACAAGCAGGAACCUGCCGGUACCUACACCAUACACAGUGGGAAAACUACACCGCCAGGAGGAUCUGCCGUGAGCGUACCAAUUGCCACAAUACCAGUGGUCAUGAGCGGCACCACCGUGCUCAAUAGCCAAAUUUCACCCAUCUCCAAUUCUCCGAGCCAUGCUGUACAGGUCUUCGGCAAUGUCACCUUGUCGAUGACGGAUGGCAACGUGGUCUUUCACGGCCAGACCCUUGUCAUCAGCUCUACGCUCACUAUCGGUACUGGAAGCGCCAUCACCAGGUUAGCUCUCGGGACGGAUAGCGCUGGAGAUACUGUAUUUCUCGGAGAGUCGACGAUAUCCGCCAACCGGUCUACAGUAGCGCGUGUCCAGCCUACGAUACAGUCGAGCUUGCCGCGAUUGACAUACGCGACGCAGGCUCCUUCAUCUUCGGUUGCAUCUUCUCCGGGCUUGGUCAGCGCCUCCUCCGCUGAAUCGAGCCUUCGUCCUACCAGGUGGAGCAUCUUCGGGGCGUUAAUUCUCGCGAUGUUCAACAGCAAAUAUGGUUACGGUACACCAUUCCGAUGA